CAGGAAGAGGAGGAGGAGGAGGGGAAUGUUUGUCUCAGUAUUUCAAAGCUUUCUCGGCAGCGGGUACGUUCAGCAGGUCGGGGCCUCGUAUUUUCGGUUUUAAUACGCCAGCACACACAUGGAAGCAUCGUCCAGCUGUACACGACGUGAAUAACCGUUCCGUGAGAUGAGUUCAGAAGCGAUGAGACAUGUUGGCAUGACCACCUGACCUUUGGCAAACCAUGAGUUCCCACGGCCGCAUCCCCUUCAGCACCCACUCCAUAGGCCAGGGUGACCUUGACUUCCAGCCUGUGCGAGAGGCAAGGGUGCGGGUGCUGAAUGACAUCCCAAAGGAGCCUGUCGUGCCACCUCCUCCUCCACAAGUAAAGUUUAAUUUUGUUGAUGUAACAUUUCCCAAGGCAACCCAGAAGAACCCCACGGAGUCACCAGGAAUCCAUCAUGGAAGUCCUAGCAAGAAGAAAAGGAGCAGUGCUGGGAAAGAGAGGAAUGCCAGGGACCAAAUUAGAUACGAUAAAGAGAACUCUAACACUGGCCGAGCCCAGAGGAACAUGGAGAGGGACCGUCGCGAGUACCUGAGUCGCCUGCUGAGGAGAGGCAUGCCGGUGUGGGAAGAGGUGCCAGUGGAAGAGAGGGCUAGCAGGGUCAUUGGUGGCACAAAUCCAUUCAGACAUCAUCCAUAUUCUAGCACUCCACUAACAUCAAACAUUACACAGAGAAACUUAAAUAAGCAAGAAUCAGGUAAAGAAAUCCAUGCAGUGUGGGAGGAUGUGAAGGAUGGCUACAAGAACUCUUAUCCACUGGAGCAUAAUGAUGACCUAAUUGAUACCCCGAGAGAAAGUUUAAUCGAGGGCAGAGAAAUAGAUCUCAAGAGUAGGGCUGAAAAACUCAACCAUACCCUCCAAAAAAGCAGCCAAGUUGGCCCCAAUACUGCAUAUGGCACUCCAUACUAUUACCAGUCUGAGAGCCCUUCCAGUCACGAACUCCUCCACUCAGAAAGACACACCAUUCCUCCAGAGGCCUAUGGGAGAACUCAUGAGCCUCCAGCCGCAUUGUCCAGUGAGCUACAUUAUGAAACAGAGGUCUCUCAGGGCCAUCCUACCCAAGAACUUAUUGAUGGUCAUGUUGAAGACAGCUCUCAGAUCCAAGAACCACUGCAAAAUCCCUCAGAGCAUCUUUUGUCACAAGAAAGUGUCCCUCAUGAACAAGAGGUGCUCUCCUCCAGGGAAGAUGGGAGACAAGAGGAUGUCAUGGAUCAAGGGAGAAUCUCAAGGCCUGUUCUGAAGAAGAUCCAAAGUGGCCGAAUAGAUAAUGAUGGAACUUCAAGUAUCAGUUGGUGGCCAGGAGAUAAGCUGUACAAGGAGAGAGACAAAAAUGAAGAAGAAGAAAAGCAUGAGAAGGAGUCAACCAAGGAAAAGAAAGGCAAAAGAGAUCUAUCUGCUCCUCCCAGUGUCACCCAGAAGAGGAGGCAGGUGAUGGCUGACCAGGAAGAGACUGAGAAGGUGGUGAAGUCUCCUGUGCGUGUACGGCACUAUGAACCAGACGAGGUGAGGAAGUACAUACGAGACAAGCAAAGUGAGCGUACCAAGGCAAUCAAGGAGCAGCAGAGGAAACAGGAACAAGAGAAGAUUCAGAGGAGUGAAAGAAUGAGGGAGCUGGCCAUCAAGACUAAGCAACUCUCACAAUCAAGCAAAAAAGGAUGCCACGAGUCAACCUCCGCUGAAUUGAGUCAAAAACAGAAUGAGUUGGAGCAACAGCCCAUCAUCAACUGGGGUGCCCCAAAGGAUUGGGAUCCACAAGAUUAUGCAGAAGCAACGCCCACUCACCACACAAGAACACAGCCCAAGGAGCAGAACCUCCCUUUUGCUGUACCUCUCACCCCUGCUACAGACAGAGCAGGAAAGUUACCCAUGCAGAGUGAGACAACAAGAGAUCCCAGUCAUGUAGUAGUGGUGUCUCCAAAGAAAGAGAAGCAUGGAGAGACAUAUGCUAAGAAAAAAAGCAGAAAGGAGAGUAAAAAGAAAAAGAGGCAAUCUGUGAGUGACAGUGAGGCUAUCAGUGACAUAGUGAGCCGCACAGUGGAGGAAUGUGAGCGAAAAGUGAAGUCUUCCAGUGUAUCAGUGGAAAGUUUAUCAUCACUGUCAUCAUAUUCCUGCAGUUCAUCCGAUGCUGAGUCAAGGAGCAGCUUGAGUCAGUCUGAGUCUCUCAGCUCUGGUCUAGACUUGACUCCAAAAGAGAGGGCAGUGGCACUGGGCCAACUAGCACAGAAGCUGACAAGUAGAGUCACUCAGGAAGCAGGAAGUCUCAGUCAAAGAGGAAAACACAAGGAAGAUGUACCUGACGUGUCACAAAAGAUGAUGUCCUCAAACAAGGCAAAGCAAGCUAAAAGAGGACCUCAUGCUACAGGUGCUAAUAUUUUGAGUGAUCCAAGAGCUUCCCUUUCUCUCUCACAGAUAGAAACAAUGUCUGUGGAGGAACUGAUUGCCAAGAUGACUGCAAUGCUGCCAAAUAAAUCAGUAAGUGAAAGAAGGUCAAAUCCACCUCAGAAUGAUCCACAGAACAAAAGCAUCAACAUAUAUGAAAGACUGAAUUUGGAACACAGUGAUCAGACACAAAAUAAAACUGAAGAUUUAACAAGGAGACAGUCCCAAGAUGUUCCCAUGAGAGAAAGUUUGCAGAGGGUGUUAACAGAGCAGCUGCCUAAUCUAGUUGUCCCAGAUGUCCCCAAGCUGAAAUUAUCAAAUGCAGAGAAAAAACUCCAGGAGUCAUGGGAGAUUGCUCAAGAGGAUCUAUCCACACUACCUGGACACAAUAUUGUGAAGAGUGUGCAGGACCUCAAGUCACUGCCAGAUGAAGGAAAACAAGUAUAUCUGAAAAUGACACCUUCCCACAAACUGCAACAUGCACAUUUGUUCCCUCAGUCAGAGAGCCAUUUGGCAGGAAAGCAGCACUGCCAGUCACAAAUACUCAGACCACACAAAAAUUAUGUAACCACCCCCAGGCAUAAGUAUGUUCAUGCUGCUCUAGUCAUCCAGGCUGCCUAUAGAGGCUAUCGAGUAAGAAAAAUUACAAAUUCAUUGCUCAACAGACAGAUGCUAAAUAAAAAGAAUACCAGUGAAGUCAAAUAUUCUAAAGGACCAUCCAACACUACCGAGGUCAGUGUUGGCCCAAAGAAUAAAAAAUUCUUCAGGAACAAUGACAGAGUGAUUGAAGGAGGCACUGAAACAAGUCAGGAAGUGCAGUCAAAGACAGGCAAAGAACAAGAUAGAAUUUGGCAGAAACUCCAGUCAAAGCCAGCACAAAGAUCUUUUAAACCUCAUGAAGAGUCAUAUUAUGUUUCCCAAAGGUCAGACUUACCAGAAUGGAUUAAACCAUAUUUUGUGCUCACUGAAACUGGAGAUGUAAAGAACUUCCUUGAAACAAACAUAAAUAGGCCACAAACAGGCAUGGGUGCCGAGGCUGAGAAAAGAGGGGGCAGCAGUAUGAUUAGCCAGAGCCCUGAAUGUGCUAGCGAUGUUGUGAUCCACCCUCGCUUGAUUUCAGAAAAGUCUGUGCAUGAUGUCACUUUAACAGAAGGACCUUUGUCAGAUAUAGAAAUGGAAUCCAUAUUUUGUUUUGAUAAGGAGACCCAGACCAGCUAUAACAAAUAUUUAGAUACCAAGGACAAGAAGUCUGAACAGGGAAUGCAAGAAUUUAUUGAUUUAAAAAAGUUAUCAAAACGGAAAGGUCAAACAAUUCAAGGAGGGAGUGUUGAGGGCCAUGAAGCAGAGUCAUAUGAAACUUCCUCAAGAAGGGCUUUGAAUUCCUCACAGUUAGGUUUGUCACAGAAAGAGCAUGAAGCGACACUAGAAGAAGGCCCAUUGGAGGAAAUGCUGGGAGAACAGACUUCUUUACAGUUAACAGAAAAUGAAACUCUUGAAUCAGGAAGCACUGAACCUAAUGUCAGUAUUGAAGAAGGACCCAUUUUUGAAACCUCUGGAAUUCUAGAUACAUCAAAUGUCAGUAGUUCUAUUGCAGUUGAAGAAGCAUCUGCCCCUCAUGAAUUGUUAGGGGAGGGAGUACAUCUUGGCCCAGCAAGUCUCAGAUUAAGACUCAAUGCUGAGCUUAUGUAUCAGGAUACAUUAGGCAAAGCUCUAAACCACCUCCACAGUGUAAAGCAACUCAACAUUCUUAAUCGAAGCAGACAGGAAGCAAUGGCCUUGUCUCAAUCUUUAGCUCUACAGCAACAAAAAAUAGAAGCAACCACACAAAGGGAAAAUGAAAAUGACCUGAAAAUACAGGAAGAGAAAACGAAAAGAGAGGAUUACGAGGGACGAUUAAAAGAAAGGUUGAAGCAACAAGAGGAAGCAUUGCAGAAGGUUGAGAAGAUAGAGAAAGAAGCCAGAAGUCGCUUUGCGGAGUUAGAAAGAGAAGUUCGCUCAAAGGCUGAACAGGCGAUUGCUCAGGUUGCAGAAAGAGUCCCUCAGCCAAACAUUGCCCAGUCCGAUGUCAUAGCCGCUGCUGCUGUGGCUGCUGUGGGAGCAACAAUAUCACAGUGGAAGCAGCUGAGACCAGCGCGAGGUCAUGAUUCACACGGCUCCAUCACUCUCAGCGAUGGCUCACUUUCUCCAAAAAUUAGUUCAGACCACAUUGAUGCUUCUUCUUCAAGGCCAUUAAGUGACAAAUCUCAUUCUAAAAUUUACAGUGCAAGAUCUUUGUCCAGAGAACAUAGGUCCACUAGUGAGAUGCCAUCAUCAUAUGUUUCUGAAAGAUUAGAUAACAGUUUGUCAAAGAGUUCAGUAGCCGAAGAACUACCAUCAGCUGAGUCCGCAAACAAAACCUCAGAGGUGCCAGAAGUUAUCUCUGAUGUUAAAAGUAGUGUAAAUUCUGUACCAGAAAAUAUUGAAAGCAUUGAGAGUUCUAUUCCUGCUCUGAGUGUGAAUGAAUCCUCCGUCAAGAGUAGCGGUAAUGGUUUUAAAACCAUUAAUACUGUCUCCAUUUCACAAGGUACAUCUGUAUCAGAAAAGGUAGACAGUGGUUCUAGCUCUAAAACUAAGGUCAGUUCAGGGGAAGUAGCAUCAGCUUCUAAUUUAGUGUCUGGAGAUGCUUCAUCAGUCGAAAAUUCAGGGACAGUGACAGAAGCCAUAUCAAAGGAUGACUCCUCUGGGGUCACCAAAAGUAGUGAGGCUGAAACUGUGUCAAAUGCUUUGCUUCAAUCCCCAUCACAAAAAAGUUUCAGCUCCAAAGACCACAAGAAAUUUCAAGGAAAUGAAAUUGCACCUUCAAAAAGGACCCAAGGAUCCCCUCUCAAGAGUUCAUUGAAAUCUAAAGUAAAAGAAAGAAAAAGGGAAGAAAGAGAUGCAUCUGACAUUUAUUCAGAGUCUUUUGAGGUUGACUCUGAGAGUGAAGAUUCAAAUUCCUCUCAGUUGCAAAGUCAGGACCAAGGAACACAUGGAGACUUGGCUCUUGUGGUGUCAUCUGGCAGCAUCUUGAAUGACCUGGGCUACAAACCCUCCACACAUGCUGGUGUGGGAGUGUCUGCAUCAAUGCCGGGGGUUGGGGGAGAGGGUGCCCUGAGUGUGACGGUCAGUGUUGUCGAGUCUUUGCUCAAAGAAGAAGAGGUUCAUCACCAGCAUCAGAAAACCCUCCUGAAGCUUCAGGAACAGUCCUUGGUGGAGGAGGCCAAGUGGAAGCUAGCCACCCUUCAGUCUGAGGGAGGGCCAGGUAUGCGGCGGCGGCAAAGGGCCAUUGUGCUGCAGCUUCGGGAACAGAAGGCACACCUCAAACGCCUCAGAGAAACACAAAGCAUUGGGGCACAGCAGAGACGACUCAUGCUCCUGCAGCUUCAUCACCUCCUUGCUUCAACCUCAAGCUUAUCAGGAUAUAGUUCCAGAGGUUAUCUAACUGCACCAAGAGGACAUUCUCCUAACCCAGCAUCACCACGACUCACUCCUAGAUUGAUGGAAAUGCUCAGCUCCUCCUCCAGUGACGCUCCAGAUGAUGUGACUUUCAGCCUACUCAUGCGAGGACGAGACUCUGACUCCAGCAGCCCUUCAGAAGGUGGUGGUCGUGAAAAAAGGAGAUGUCAUUCAGAAGACAGAUUAAAAAUUAGUUCUGGGAGACAUCAUGAAAAGAGGAGGACUGCUGAAAUUGAGGCUUUACAGCAGCAAAUAUUACAAGAGGAUAAGGAAAUUCUUCGUCUUAAGUCUAAAUCCCCAUAUGACAUUCAUGACAAAGAUUCUGUGAAACCAAAGAGAAAGGGAGAUUUCAUCAGCAAGAGAUCUCGAGACAAAAAGGAAAAAUGCUCAGGUUCAGUUUCUCCUCUUUCAGUUCUUGUCCAUGGAAGUAAAACCCUAGUAGAUAAUUCUGUGCCAGCAGAGAAUGUACCUGGUGCAACUCAUGACAGCCAGAGUUCCCUUCCUGAAGAAGGAGGGAGUGAGACAGUUUCCCAUAGUGAUGCUGCAUCAUCUGUGUCAGAACAAGAGGGACUUUCAUCCACCAGCCAUAGAACAGGAAGCUCUAAGUCUAAAGAAGUUAGUCAUUCAAAGAGGGUGCCAUCCUAUGCAGUAAGUGAAAGGGAAACCAGGGAAGCACGUACCUCUAAACCCAAAAUGAUAUCCAGGGAAUUUGAACCUAAGGACAUACAAGAGGAGUAUUCAGACUCAAAAGUCAGUGAACAGAGUAGUUCUGCUAAAACCAUUAGUAGUGAGGAAACUGAAAGAUCUAUAGAAGAGAGAUACAAUCAUGAUAAUAGUGACAGGAUAUCCAAAUCUCUUGGAGAGUUGACGCCUGUUGAGUCUGAAGUACAUGAUAAAAGUUCAAAAUCUCAAGAAUCAUCCACAAGAACUAAGCCUAGUACUAGUGGGUCUGUUAAAUCUACUUGGAGCAAACCAGAAUCUGUAAUUCCAGAGGACAUCACAGAUGGUUCCAAAACAAGGACCACUAACAGUUCUUCAAGGCAUAGCAUUGACAAAAGAGCAGACUCUGAGGAAAGGUCCAGUGACAGUAAGUCAGCUGAGGGCAAGUCAUCCAGUCAGAAGUCAUCUGCCAGAGGUCUCCCCUUGCCCCUGAAGGUACCCCUGUCUCCCAGGUCAUUGCACCGGCAGCAUAGACGUUACUCCAGUGAGUCAGAUGACUCCUUCACAUUAUCCCAAACAGAGACAGCUUCUGACAUUUCAGAUGGAGAGGGUAAGCUCUUUGCUCUCAAGGAAGAACUGGCUGUGCGGCGGGCUGAAGCUGAACGCCUGAAGAAAGAGAAGAGGAGGCUGCGUCGAGAACGUUUGGCCUCACAGGAAAGAUCACUUAGACAACAAAUUUCUACCUAUGAUGCUUACAUACAGCAUGCCCGCAUGGAACUGGAGAAAGAGUCCAAAGAGUUACAACAAGUAUCAAUGGUGAGGCCCCUCAUUAAGAAACCUCAAGUGGCAGAAACUAAGAAGUCAAAACUUUCAGAAUCAAUAACAAGCCCAGAGAAAUCCGAUGUUUCAGAUGUUUCCUUAGUCUCGGAAAGUUCAAAAUCAGAUCAGUCUAGUAUGUCAAGGCUGCAGGAAACCAGCAUAAAGGAAAGGGGUCAUGCCAAACCGCAAGAGUCUCAUCUUAAGAAAGACCAAGAUAUGGUUUCUUCUAGUUCUGGUAAGGAUGAGGAGACUGAAGAGAAACUUUCAUCCAGCAAGGAGGUGACAGUGUCAGAAAUUGCUAAGUCUCAGAGAGAAGAUGAAUCAGAAAAGACAUCUCGCUCUUCUUCAAUAUCAGAAAGUUUAAAUGAAGAAUCAAUUUCAGAGCAUCUUCAAGAUCACUCCUCCAAAACAUCUCUGUCACAAGAAUCUAGUGCUGAGAGUGAUCACACUAAUUCUCAGGCUUCCAGCACAGAGACCAUAGUUCAUAGUCCUCAGAAGCUUGAUCCAUCUCAGAAAGAUGAGGUUGGUGUCUCCGUCAGUGAAGUUAAUGCAGCUCUGCUAGAAGUUAUUAAGGAUAAUGAGAAAGACCGUCAUGCCAGCAUCAGCAAACCAGGUGCAAGUGACGCCAGUACCAGAGUCGAGGGUGAGAAGCUGGAAAUAUUUAUACCAACAUCAGGCUUCAAAUUUUCUGAGGCAGAGGAGUUGGCUGAAGGAAAUACAAACACAAGUGCAGAGCAAAGUAUAUGUGAAGAAGUAUUUGAUGACAAUUUUAAAGAAACUGAAAUUGAGAAUAGCUCACAAGAGACAAGUUCCCAUAACUUACGGCACCCAGUAACUACUGAGGAUAAGAUUCAUGAAGAAGCUGUUGAAAGUAACUCUUCUGUUUCUGAAAAUAAGGAAGUUUCCUUGAAACCUGAACCAGCACUGGAAACAAACAUCUCAGCAAAUCUUUCCUUUGAAGCAAAAGAAAUCUCUCCUGAAACUGAGAGCAAAGUGCAUCCACCCACCCUUGACCGGCAGAAAUUUGUUGAUGACAUUUCUAAUAACAUGCUUGCCAUCAUGAUCAAGGAUACCAGCCAACUUUUUACAAACAUUGUAAAAGACAAGGUUAACCUUUCCAAAGCAUCUGAAGUUCUGAGUCAUGUUGAAGCUGCCAAGGAGUCCCAAGUACCAGAACUAAGAGGUGAGGCCUCAGAACCCCUAGAUGAUGCUGGCUUACAAGGCCAGGCUUCCUGUUCCACAGUGCCAGAAGAAAAGGCCAGCAGCAGCAAAACAAGCUCCAGCAACAAGUCACAGAUCUUGCAACGAGUGAAUGAGCUGAUUGGUGAAAGUGUGCCAGCAUCCCCACGCCUCACCUCCCUCACCUCCCCGAGAUCAGGAGACGUGCAGUUGACUUUUGAUCUUAGUCCUGAAGCCUCCCCAUCAGUCUCUCCUACCAGAGCAAAGGCAACUAAGGUUGAGGAAGACAGAGAAGUGGAGGUGUCUAAGGCUGCACCGUCACUCCUCCCUGGUGAACGGGCCACAGCCUCAGGGGAGGAGGAGGAGGAGGAUGACUCCCUCUCUCCAAGCCAUGACGUUGUGAAGGCAGAGGAGUACAAACUAGAUACAGAGACCCUGACAACUCGGCUGCUUAAUCUAGCAUCAGCUCCUGAGUUAGAUCUUGAGGUUCGGCUUAGCCAGCUGAAUGAGGACACAGAAUUCUCUGUUGAGGGGAUUGAGGGAGACUGGUUUGAUGAUGACUUCUGGACAUCCUCAGACAACAGAAAAAAACAGCAGCAAUUGAAAGCUGAGGAAGAGAGAAUCACAGCAGAGAUUGCACGAUUGGAGGAACUUCAGCACCUUCAGCAGAAAUACCCUGGCCUGGUGAUUCGUGAGGUUCCAAACAAGCCUCCACCUCCUUACACCCCUCCUCAAGUCACCUCUCCACCUUCCCCGGGUUCCUCUCCCGCCCCAGCCAGACCCCCAGCAUACACCAAUCCCCCAACCAGCCCUGUCCUACCAGAGGCACAACCCAUGAGUCCUACACACUCUUCCAGCAUCUCUCACCGACUUAGUAAGGCAGAUCAGCGGAAGUUGGCCGCUCACAUCACUCAGGUUGUGCCCAUCACUGAAGAGGAAGCGCUGCCCAUUAUUGAUAGUGCUCUUGAUACUCUUUAUGAGGCAUGGCAAAACAGCAUUGACCCUGGAGACAUCCCUCCCCCACCACACACCACUCUUGCAAAGGCCUUCUCAUUAAGCAGCUUUAAUGAUGAAGACAUGCAUGAAGAUGAGAAGACUAGCAGCAGGGCUUUCCACCUCCUGCUGUUCUGUUUGGCCCGGGAGCAGCUGAGUGUGCCUUACAAGUUGCAGCACGCCCCCCAGCCCCCUCCUUGGAUGAAACAAGUGCUGCCCCAGACCCGUAUGCUGGGGAUGGUGCACAAUAAGUCACGGGCUGGGCUGUUCUCACAUGUCCGGGAGCAGGUGAAGGUGUUGUUUGGGUGGAAGCCUCCCCUGCAGAAGGAGUCCCUCAUGAUCAGAUGGGCGCAGAAGCACCGGGAUCUUGUAGAUCAGGUUUUGGUGAAAGAGCUACAGGCAGAAGAAGCCAGCUGGACUAACUAUGAUGAAGAUGAGGCAGCUGUCAAAACCAAAGUUGCCAGUGAGAUCCUUGACACUUUGCUCUCAGAAACUGUCAGCCUGGUAUCAAGCAUCUUAGUCAAGAAGUUGGGAUACAUUGCUCACUAGAUUGUGGAUAUAAGCACUCAUAAAUGUUUUAUUAUUUAUUUUAGUGUUGACUUAGAAAUCUGUUACUGGUUGCUGUGCCAUGUGGUGAACAGGGGAAUUCAGGGUAUUGCUCUGUGGGUGUGCAGUCUGCUAGUUGCAUCAAGAACAAGUUGAUUGCUGCCUAAAACUCAUUGGUUCUGGAAUUCCAACUCAUUCACCAGAUUUUCAAUACCUAGUGAUAUCUUCAGUGCCAGACUAUGUCCUGUAAAAAGGAUGCAUGUUGUUUGUGAUAAUAAUUUUACAGCACUAAUAGCUUGCUUUAGGCGGUAAAGUAUGAAAAGUUUGCUCUUUCUUAAAACGUCAUGUAUGAAUGAGUUGUGUUCACUAGAUGUUUAGUAAUUUUCAUGCCACACAAAUACUAGGGUAAGAAAACAUUUUAUCAUAAAUUAAGUCAUGUCUGGUUAUGUGGAUUUGAAUACUGAUAGGUUUAAGUUCCUUUUUAUACUUUCUUUACAUGUAUAUAGUUGUGAAAAAAAAUAUUUAUUUCGGGGA